AUGGAGAAACGGACAGUCUUAUGGUACAUGACUUUCUGGGGGUUUGCUAUUAAUUACAUGUUUCGAAUGAAUAUUAAUAUAGCAAUCGUGUCAAUGAUUAAACAUUCAAUAUCAAAAACCAAUGUAACUAUUAUACAAUACGAGUGCCUCAGCAAGACUGAACAGUUGACGUCGAACAAUACUUUAGCACAAAAUAUAUUAAUGGUGGACCUAAAUGACAAUAAAUUCGAAUGGAACGAACAUCAGCAAAAUUUAAUACUUGGUGCAUUUUUCACAAUGAACUGGAUCAUGCAGUUACCAGGUGGAGUCUUGGCACAACGAUAUGGUACGAAAACCGUGUUUGGUAUCAGCAACGGUGUGGCGGCGAUAUUGUCAUUUGCAGUACCUGCAUCGGCAAAAUUCAACUAUAAAGCACUCGUGGUUGUUAGAGUUGUUCAAGGACUCAUAUCCGGUGGUGUAUGGCCUUCAAUGCACACAAUGACCGCUAAUUGGAUACCGGCACACGAGAGAAGUCGAUUUGUUUCGGCGUAUUUAGGAAGUUCGAUUGGCACAGCAGUAACAUAUAUCAUGUGUGGAUAUCUCAUCGCCACGUUUGGCUGGGAGAGUGUAUUUUAUGUUAGCGGAGGACUUGGUCUAUUAUGGUAUAUUUUUUGGGUUUUACUGGUCUAUGAUACUCCUGCCAAACAUCCUACUAUCAGUAUUAGAGAAAAAACAUACAUAGAAGAUUGCAUUGGUAAAACCAUCCAAACUAGAUCAAAACCGUUACCGAUACCUUGGAAAUCAUUACUUUCAUCUAAAGCACUGAUGAUUAAUUUAGUGACUCAAACUGGAGGUAUCUGGGGCUUAUUCACACUUGCAGCUCAAGCUCCAUCAUAUUUUAACUUUAUCUUAGGUUUAAAUAUAAAACAGACAGGUUUAUGGUCUGGAAUGCCUCAUUUUGUUCGAUGGGCGUUUUCUUUUGGAUUUAGUAUGAUAUGCGAUCGUUUGGUGAAAUCUAAAAGAAUGUCUAUGACCAAUGUACGCAAAAUGGCCACAUUAUUUUGUAAUGUUUUACAAGGGUUAUUUAUUUUGGGUCUUUGUUAUUCUGGAUGUGAUUCAGCGGUCGCAGUAAUCAUGCUUUUCAGCGCAACUGCUGUAAACGGCGCAAUAUCUUCUGGAGCACUCGCUGCAGUGGUGGAUAUUGCUCCAAAUUAUGCAGGAGUAAUUCAAGGAAUUAUUGGAACUGUUGCCUCGUCCACAGGAUUUAUAUCACCCAUAAUUGUGGGUUAUUUAACCUUUAAUCAGCAAACAUUGAGUCAAUGGUGUAAAGUAUUUCAUUUAUCUGGAGCAAUAUGCAUAUGUACUGGGUUAAUUUACAUAUUUUUUGGAACAUCUGAUAUACAAAAAUGGAAUACAUACAACGAUCCAGUUGUAAAUGAAAAAGAAUUGAAAUCAAUUGUUAAGAAACCUCCUAAUAGUUCUUACGCUAUGGACACUUAA